AUGCCGCCGUCCUUUGCUCCCGUCCAGCCCGGCGGCUCGCUGAUGGUCGCCUGGCAGGUCCGCGACAAGCAUGUCUUGGUUGUCGGUGGCGGCGAGGUGGCCGCGGGCCGAGUGCUGCACGCUCUUAAUGCCGAUGCCCACGUCACCGUCGUCUGCCCGUCCGCCUGCCUCAACGCUGAGGUCAAUUUCCGUAUCUCCCGGGGCCAGGUCUCGUAUGUCGACCGCAAAUUCGAGCCCUCAGAUCUUGAAGGUGAUAUAUCCAUGGUCUUUGUUGCCAUUGACGACCCGGACGCCUCGACGCAGAUCUGGAAAUUGUGCAAGGAGCGUCGCAUCCCUGCCAACAUCGCCGACGUGCCCCCUGAAUGUGAUUUCUACUUCGGCAGCGUCCACCGCGACGGGCCGCUGCAGGUCAUGGUAAGCACCAAUGGGAAUGGGCCAAAGCUCGCCAGCAUAGUUCGGAAGGAAAUUGCUGCCAUGUUGCCGGGAAAUACGGGUGCUGCUAUUCAGAACGUGGGCGUGCUGAGGAGGAAGCUGCGAGAACGUGCUCCAGCUGCGAAGGAGGGGCCAAAAAGGAUGAAAUGGAUUUCUCGAGUGUGUGAGGUAUGGAGCCUGGAAGAACUCGUUGAGAUGGAUGAGGAAGAUAUGGAUGAGAUGCUUGGUUUUUAUGCAAAGGACAUGGUUCCUACCCUCGAGCAAAUUCGCUUAAAGGAGGAGAGCAUUGCGCCCUUCGACGGUAGCAUGGGCUGGAGUUGUUAG